AUGGGGUUUGAAGUCAAUAUGGUCGAAGGUAAAGGCCCCGUGUUCGCUGAACCGCUUCGAGACGUGAGCGAUUUGAAGCGUGUAAACAUGAAGCCUGAUAUCCUCAAGGAGUUGGAUUGGGCAUUUAAGGCUAUUACAUUGACGCGAAUGAAAUUAGAUGGGCGAGUCCCGUUAUUGGGUUUUGUUGGAGCUCCCUGGACUUUGUUAGUUUACAUGACAGAAGGUCAAGGCUCUAAGAUGUUUCGAUACGCAAAAGAAUGGAUUUACUCCCACCCCGAUGAGUCGCAUCAAUUAUUGCAAGCUACAGCAGAGGCUUGUGUCGAGUUCUUAGCCCAACAGGUUGUUGCUGGCGCGCAAAUGUUGCAAGUGUUUGAAUCGUGGGCAGAAGUGUUAGGUCCCGCAGAGUUCAAUGAAUUUUCUUUGCCGUAUCUCCGUUACAUUUCCAAAAACUUGCCCCGUAGGUUAAAGGAGUUGGGUGUGGUGGAACGCAUUCCCUUAACUGUUUUUGCUAAGGGUGCUUGGUAUGCCUUGGAUGAUUUAUGCGAAUCGGGUUAUGACACUGUCUCUUUGGACUGGUUGUACAAUCCCGAAGACGCCGUCAAAAUUGUCAACGGGAGAAGAAUCACUUUGCAAGGUAAUUUGGACCCUGGCGUCAUGUAUGGCCUGGAUGAGGUCAUCACCCAAAAAACUGAAGCCAUGAUCAAGGGAUUUGGUGGUGGCAAACAAAAUUACAUUGUCAACUUUGGCCAUGGCACACACCCUUUCAUGAAGCCAGAAAAAGUUGGACACUUUUUGAAAGAAUGCCACCGUAUUGGUAGCCAAUAG